AUGGCGGAAGACGGUAAGUUCCACGCGUUUGGCUCCCAAACCUAUUCGAAUCUAACCGCGGUCGACUCCGACGAGGAGGAUCCGCGCGAGUCAGCCCAGACACCGUAUUUCCGCAAGCGCCGCGCGGCGGAGAAGAAGAUCCUGAGCCGCGUCAGCACCGCCAGGCCCGAAACAGACUCGUUUGCGCAGCGACUCGACACUUUCAACCAGCAACUGUCGCACGAGACAGAAAAACGACGCAAGUUCCAGCAACAGAUCCGCGAGUUGCGCGUGCUCUCGUUCGACGAGGAGCUGCUGCGCCGCAAGAUCAACGACCCGGUCGACGACGUCGACACCUACUCCAAGAACAGGCUCUCGAAACGGUACUAUUCGCAGGACACGCUCGAAAAGCUGCUGAAAAAUAUCGAGCCUCUGCGUGUCCACCACGCGCUGGCCAAGAUUCACGCGCCAGACUUCGAGCCGCCGCAGUACGCGAAUUACGCCGUUGUGGGCGUGGUGGCGGCGAAAUCAGAGGCCAAACAGACGGCCAACGACAAAACGAAAUACAUGUCCGUGCAGCUCUCCAAUUUGAAGCAGCAGCUCACCCUGACACUGUUCAACAAGGCGUUCAAAAAGUACUACAAGCUGCGGCUGGGCGACGUUGUGGCGGUGCUGAACCCGCAGAUCUGGGUGCUGCGCGAACGCAGCGGGUUUGCGCUCUCGCUCAAGGAGGACUACGACUCGAUCCUCGAGAUCGGCCACGCACGUGACUUUGGCCUCUGCAAGUCGGUCAAAAAGGACGGUUCUGUGUGUCUCGCGCCGAUCGACCUCUCGAAGACGCAGUACUGCGACUACCACACCGAGCUCAGUUUCAACCGGACCGCGUCCAAACGGCUCGAGCUCACGGGCAGCUCCAGGAUGUUCACGCCGACGCAGGACGGCGUGAAGCAGGCGAUGUACAUGUCCACGACGCGCAAGAACGGCCGCGAGCAGCUGGACGGGCUGAUGGUCGCCGACGCGUCGGUCCCGAGGGAAGACGCUGGCCGGCUCUACUUCUCGAACCCGGACGCGUCGAAGGCGUUUUUCGACGACUCGUACUCCAACCCAAAGCUGAUCAACGAUCUGCAGAGCGCGAAAGCGCGGCUCGCGCGCGUGAAAACCGAAAAACGUCUGCGCCAGAAGCUCGUCGCGCUCGCCGACGGCGACACGCUCAAGGACACGAGUCUCGACACGCCGGAGACCCGCGAGAGCCGGCAGAAGGCCACGAAGGCCGCGUUCGACCCGCAGACGAUGGUGCGCAUCGGGUUCAACCCGACACAGCGCAUGUUCCAAAAGCCCCAGGAGCAGGGCGGGGCGGCUGCGCGGUCGGAGCGCGUGGCACAGCUGCUGAGCACGGCAAAGACAGAAAAGUCGCUGAAAAGAACGAGGGAGGAAACACUACGCAGACAGCGGAUCUACGGGAAGCACGAGACGGCCACAAUGGUGGAACUAAGUAGCUCGGACGAGGAAUGA